UAAAUGCUACGCCAGCAAAUGAAAGAGGUGGACCUUUUGAUCCUUGGCGCCGGCUGGACGUCCACAUUUCUGAUUCCGCAGUUGGGCGACACGGACAUUACAUAUGCGGCCACUACCACCACAGGAAGAGAUGCUACCAUCCCGUUUCAAUUUGACCCCGAGUCCGGCGAUGCGGAACCCUACAAGCGCCUCCCUGCUGCCAAAACGGUGCUGAUCACUUUUCCGCUACGGGGUCACGGACAGUCCAAAGCGAUUAUCGGCCUCUAUCGCUCCGUUCACGGCGCGAGGAAUAAUUGGAUUCAACUUGGCCAGAUUGGUAUCUACAACAAGCUGCCCAAUGACUGGAGCGAUGAUGACUCGCCCUAUGAUAAGGAGGACAGCCGUGCCAUUGCUGAGGACGAAUUGCGAGCGCUCCAUGGUUGCGUUUUGUGUCUGUCGGGACUGUACGGCGGUGAACGCAUUCCGUCAAGGUGGCUGCCCCGCAUCGCCCAAUCGAAAGAGGACAUCAAGAAGCGCGGGGCUGUUCAUUUCGUUCACGGCGAAGAUGUUGCGCGUGCGAUAAUUGCUACGCAUCAGAACUUUACGCCGGGAAAGCGCUGGAUUAUCGGUGACAUGCGCGUCUACGACUGGUACGACCUCAUCCUGAGUUUCAGCUGUACGCUUGAGUCUUCCAUGUCCAAAGAGGAGCAGGAGACCCAACUGCAAUUUGGCAAAUGGGUCUGUGAGCUAGUCAAGGAAGAGGAAAUCCGUGCUCUACCAAGGGACGUCAGUGUGUUGGGUCGUAAGCUUGAUUCCAGAGGCUUCUGGUUCUUCCAUGGGCUGUUACCUCGUCACAGGAGAUUGGCGUAGAGCGUUGACACCUGAAAAGUUUUUGUAAUGCUUUAAAAACAAUAGGUAAUCCUGUCAGCCUCAUUGGCCUGGAGUGCAAAAUGCACAGGUUCGAGUCACCGCGCAGAACUCUCUUCAUUCUCAUUGAACAGUUUUACCAUCUAAUUUUAAAUUGGCUGAAAGUUAACCAUGGAUACAAUGGGAUUAUGGUUGUAUCCUCUUGUAUAAGAUGUAUGCAUUCUAUCCGUCUCCUUGAUUCCUCUUCAUCAC